AUGAACACCUGGUCUAACGAUCUACUCGGUAACGCUUCUCAGUCCCAGCAGAACAGCUUCUUCCAGGUCGUUCCUCCCACUCCCUCCAAAUCGACCCAGCAGACCAUGCGGCACACAUCCACGUACCAGCCUGCCCACGCCCCAACUCAGCCGAUGGUCGACCCCCGCGCGGCCGCUCGACCCAUCUGCACCCCACACCUGCACCCCGCACCCUCAUUCGCCUCCUGGCGCACGCAUCGCUCCUCUGUCUCUUCUGUCAGCUCGAACGCGUCCGGCGGGUCCAUCAAUGACGCCUGGUCCACCGUCGGCGGCGGCAGUAUCCACGGGGAGAGCGAUACGAGCGCGUCCGACUCUGAUGGGCUUGGCGCGACGUUGGGUCGGAUGGGCUUUGGGGGGUCGACUGGACUCGGAGUGGGGGUUGGAGCAGGACUCGGAGCGGGAAGGAUCUCGUCUAGGCGUAUCGCGGGCAAGGCGACUGCACUGAGUAUCGACCCCAAUCUCAUCCGGCCCAAGCACGCGGGUGGGAGCGGAGCGGCCGGGUCAUCGACCGCCAGGCCGAGUAAGGCGUCUGGAGAUGGCGAUGAGGAAAUGCCAACUGCGAAGCCGACCAAGAAGGCAGCCAGGGGCAAGGCGAGUCCCAAGCCCAAGAAGGUCAGCCAUGCUAGAAAGCUGAACGCCGACCAUAUCCCCCGGCCCCGAAACGCCUUUAUUCUCUUCCGAAAGCACGUUGUGGACGCCAAGCUCAUCCCUGCGUCCGUCGAGAUCAGGCACCAGAACGUUAGCGUCAUCGUCGCCAAGAUGUGGGCGGAUGCCCCUUUGGAGCAAAAGGAGCGCUUCAAUGAGCUAGCCAAGGUGGAGAAGGAGGAGCAUCUUAUCAAGUACCCCGGAUACAGGUACCAGCCGGUCUACAGAAGGACUAAUGUCAUUCGCCGUCGAGUAAGGAAGGAUGAGGCGGAGGAGGAAAAGUGUAAAAAUGUAGCUGCGUUGCUGCUUCAGGGGACUUCGGGCGAGAAGCUCGAGGAGGAGAUCAAGGAAAAGAUGCAGCAGCCAACGGGCAAGGGGUCCAAACCGCGCAAAGUGGCCGCAGCGAACGAGCUAUCCAAGGGCGCUAUCCGCGCACUCCGUGCACAGGCCCGACAACAGGCAGCCGAGAACUCGGACAGCCCGUCCCGCUCGCAGUCCGUCAGCUCUCGCGCUGGGUCCGCCGAGACCGAAUCAAACGCCCACGACUUCUCCAGCAGGCGUGGCAGCAUCGCCUCCGAUCUCGCUAUUGGCCUGGACGGCAAGUACAACCCGUCUCAAUUCGGCUUCCAGCCCAGUCAAUUGGCUCAGGACGGGUAUCAGUUCGGCAUGGCCCCAGGCGGGAUCGAUAUGGGCGGUCUGCCGGCUUACGGUGUCGGAGGGCCACUCCAGGGCUGGGCGCCGCCGGUGCAGCAGCAGACGUGGGCGUAUCCUGACCAAGGCCACGGCGGUAUGAUGCAAAUGUCAGACUUUGCGUAUCAGCAACCGGCACAGAUGGACCCUUUCUUCAACUACGACCAAGCGCUUCCCUUCUCACCCACCGCCCACCAGUUCAACCAGCCUUUCGCUGCACCAGCUCCAAACGGUGCGCCGCCUCACCAGCACCAGCAGUACCCCUCGGGCGCGAUGUACCACCCUAGCGCGUACGGCGAGCCCCAGCCUCACCAGCGUCAUCUACGCCAUGGCCAGGUCCAGAAUGGCGGUCCUACCCUCCCGACCUAUCCCCAGUCGGCAAAGUGGGACGCCUCGUUCCAGCCCGGAGGGGAAGGGCUGCCCUUCGACGAGAGCUUGCUCGGCGAUUUUGGCGCGGCGUUGCUUCAGGCGGAAGAGAUGCGCGGGUGGUAG